AUAUGUGGUGGCUAACUAUUCUUCCUUGUCUAAGUAAUAUUUAUAAGUUUAUCAUAAUCACCUGCAUUUUCUAAAAUGGCCAUCGAAGAUUGUGAUGUUUUUCUGAGCUUCAGAGGGGAUACACGCAACAAUUUUACUUGCUACUUGUACGAGGAGUUGAAACGCCAAGGAUUUCAGCCAUUCAUGGACAGAGCAAACAUAGGCAUUGGAGAUGAUAUUCAUGGGAUCAUCAAGAAAGCAAUCAAAUACUCCAAAAGUGCAAUUGUUGUUAUAUCAGAUAAUUAUCCAUCUUCUAGCCACUGCUUGAAUGAGCUAGUGCAUGUACUUGAAAGAAACCGAACGUCCAAGUAUUUUAUCAUUCCGAUAUUCUAUUACGUCGAAGCUAGAAAUGUGAAGUAUCAGUUGGGCAAGUUCGGUGCUGCUUUUGAGCAUGUUAAAAAGCGAGAGAGCAAUGAAAAGGUGAAAGAAUGGAGAGCAGCGCUUGCAGAAGUCGGAGAUAUAUUAGCUGAAGAAAUUAACGAAAAAGAUCCACGUACAGAGAGCAAGAUCAUCGCAGAUAUAGUUGCCUCGUUUGCGCAGAAAUACUCAGAGCAUUACCUGAAAUGGCCAGAAUCCAAAGCAUCCAGUGCCAGCAUUAUUUCACCGCAAAAUAAAGGACAAAAUGUGCCAACAGAAUAUUGUUUUGAUAUCGAAGAAGGAUUACUACAGGUUACCAAAGACAAUGCACAAUUCAGAACAAACAAGUACGAAAACAUGACGUUCAGAUCAUGGAUGAAGGACUGGAUAAUCCACAAUCCCAAAUUCUUUAUUGUUAUAGUUAUCGUUGUCAUUUUUAUUAUCAUAUCUACGGUUGUUACUUCUAUAUAUAUCCACAUUGAGUCAAGUGCAGUUGAUACAGUAAGUACAAUUUAUAAGGACCUCUCGACAACAUUAAAGGACCUGGAUGCAGAGACGACAUGGGAUCCUAAGAACUUCCCGGUGACAUUAAAGGAUGCGGAGCCCUGGGCUAAGAUCAUUCUGACAGCAUUCAAGGACUUGGAUUCUGAGAACAUUCUGACAGCAUUUAAGGACUUGGAUUCUGAGAAAAUUCUGACAGCAUUGAAGGACUUGGAUUCUGGGACAACGGAAUCAAUAUAGAAAAAUCCUAAGAAAUUUCCAAGAACACGUCCUGUCUGAUUCUUUACUGGUUAAUUAAUGAUUACUAGUUAUGACAUUGAUCAAAGCAAAUUUAAUUUUUAGUACUGUAACUCUUUUCUCCCUAAAUUUGUAAUAUACUAAUUGGUUUGAUAGUAACAGGAGUAGUUAUAACGAGGCAAU